AUGACAAACGAAGGAAUGAAAGCACCACCAGUGGCACUGGCAAAAAACUCUACAGUUCUCUUGUUCUUCUUCACGAUGAGAAUCCUAAAGACUCAAAGAUCCAGAGGAGGAGGAAGAAGAAACAGCAAGAAGUUAGGAAACAGAAGAACAUAUGUUUCAUCACGUGGCAGGAUUCUCCGCAACUGCUGUGGAAACGGAGGAGAAAAGUUCUCCGAGAAACUUCAGGCGCUUAAGAGUCUUCUUCCUCCGUCAACGACGACGGAGAAGACAACAGAGCAGAAUGUUCACGUGGAGGAGGAAUCCCUCGACGGUGGAGAGACGGAACAGCUGUUUCAAGAAACCGCGGAUUACAUCGUCCGGCUUAGAAAUCAAGUCUUGGUGUUGCAAAAGCUAAUCAAGAUCUAUGGUUCUUCUGAUGAGGCGAGAGAUUUUGUUUUAUAAUGUUUAUAUAUAAAUGUGGUUUUGUUUUCUUUUUAAUUCCUGUUUCUUUUUUUUUUUAAAGUAUUACGUACUUUGAACCUCAAUUGUUUUAGGUAGUCGAUGUAUAAAUAAUGUUUUUGAUUUCUGACCAAAGAAGAAACGAUAUUGGUCUGAAAUAAUUAAUCCAUAGAAGUUACUGUGUAGACAUAUUAUAAACCUAA